UACAGGCGUACAGUCAGUGUGUGUCUGUGGUUUAUACACAGAAUCCCAAAUAGAUGGCACCCAGCUGGCGCCAGCGCUGGCUCCUGAUGGUGCUGACGGGUCUCCGGGGUUGGCAGCUGGGAGUCACAGAGGCACGCGUUUCCACAGACAUUCUGCUGCCGUACGCUGAGAGCCACGGUCCCUCUCACUCCCAUCGCCACGUGAGGGACUGCCAGGCCGUGACCUUUGGCACGAGGACGUUUGAGAGUUGGCCGUCCAGCAGCCACGACACACUCCCAGUGGCCCGGUCCAGCGUGUUCAUAUCCGACAUGCCGGGCGGCGCCGAGAGCUCCCGCUGGGUCUACGGUCACAUGACGGUGGUCCCCGACCCCCUGAGGCAGCUGUCGGUGUUGGAGCCGGGCGGGCCGGGCGGCUGUGAGGAGAACCCCAGGGUUUCUGUGGAGGAGACGGCGGCGCCUGCAGGGUGUUUGUACGCCCAGAACGCCGGCUUCUUCAACAUCACCUCCGACGGGUGUCUGGGCAACGUGGUGAGCGACGGCCGCAUGGUGAGGGACAGCGGAGGGGUGCAGAACGCUCAGUUUGGCAUCCGGAGGGACGGCACCCUGGUGUUCGGGUAUCUGUCUCAGGAGGACGUUCUGGACCAGUCCAACCCGUUUGAGCAGCUGGUCAGCGGGGUGGUGUGGCUCCUGAGGAACGGAGAGGUUUACAUCAACCAGAGUCUGAAGGCCGAGUGCGACAAGAUAGUCGAUAUGGAGCUGUUUCGUGAUUUUGUGGACGUGCGCUCAGGGAGGACAGCAGUCGGACACGACGUCAACGGAAAUGUGGUCAUGUUUCACGUGGACGGACAGACCCACAAAAGAGGUAUGAGUCUCUGGGAGGUGGCAGACUUCCUGAAGAAUAACGGGGUGAUCAACGCCAUCAAUCUGGACGGAGGAGGGUCUUCCAGCUUUGUGAUCAACGGCACGUUGGCCAGCUACCCUACGGACACAUGUAAGCCUGGAAGCAGGUGGCGCUGUGCUCGUCACGUCUCCACCGUGCUGUGUGUUCACCGGCGGCGCUGCCAGCCUGCAGACUGCAGCGGACACGGGGUCUGCACCGCCAGCGGCUGUCUUUGUGCUGCUGGAUGGAGAGGAGAGCGCUGCACUGAACCAUGCCUCCCAGGUUACUAUGGCGACGGCUGCAGACACACCUGCACGUGCUUUAAUGGAGCUUUCUGUAACCACGACAACGGACGCUGCACCUGUCCCCCUGGUUUCUACGGCAACUUCUGCGAAAAAGUUUGCCCUGCAGGUUUUUAUGGUCUGUCCUGUGCUGAGGAGUGUGCGUGUGAAGACCCGUGUGCAUGUGACCCGCAGACAGGAAGCUGCAACAGCACGUCCAACAGAGCGGUUCAGUGUUUGGGGAGGAGGCGACAGAAGGAGGCGUACAGACACGAACCCUAUCUAACAGAACAAACAUGGCUGAUCAUCACGCUGACGCUGGCCUCUCUGCUGCUGAUCCGACUGCUGGCUCACUUCCUGCGGGCGACACGCAGAUGGCUUCUCUUCGGUUUUUCCUACACACAAGUUCCUCUGAGCGACGUGAAGGGAGAGGCACUGACGUACAGCUUUCUGCAGCUUCACUGACAAACACACUCACAUAUCUGAGCCCAGCAAACCAGAGAGGGCAAAAGUACACACAUCCUUUACUCAAGUAGAAG